AUGACGCCCACAAAGACUACAACAACUGAAGUAGAAAUGGUGAUACGAAAUAGAAAAACUGUUGUUAAAGACGGGAUUAUGACAAUGUCUGGAAUCGGCGAGCCUUCGGUUUUCCAUGCGUUAGUAGUGAUAUUUUUGGAAUUCUUCGCAUGGGGAUUGUUGACUAUGCCGAUAAUAUCAGUCCUAAAUGCAACGUUCCCAGAUCACACUUUUCUAAUGAAUGGACUUAUCAUGGGUAUCAAAGGAAUUUUGUCCUUUUUGUCAGCUCCUCUAAUUGGCGCUUUAUCUGACGUGUGGGGACGGAAGUUUUUCCUACUAGUAACAGUGUUCUUCACUUGUGCGCCAAUUCCGUUGAUGACAUUAAAUACUUGGUGGUUCUUUGCCAUGAUCAGCUUAAGUGGAGUAUUUGCAGUAACCUUUUCGAUCGUAUUUGCUUAUGUUGCUGAUGUAACAACUGAAGAAGAGCGUUCACGAGCCUAUGGAUUGGUAUCUGCAACUUUUGCAGCGAGCAUGGUAAUAUCACCCGCACUUGGUGCUUAUUUGAUGGACUUAUAUGGCGAGGCACUUGUCGUCGUAGCAGCAACUGCAGUCGCCGUUCUGGACGUGUUUUUUAUCAUGGUGGCAGUUCCUGAGAGUCUCCCUGAGAAAGUAAGACCAAGUGGCUGGGGGCCUGCUAUAAGCUGGGAGCAGGCUGACCCAUUUGCUGCUCUAAGGAAAGUCGGCGCAGAUCGCACUGUACUCAUGUUGUGCGUAGCUGUAUUCCUAUCUUACUUGCCUGAAGCUGGGCAGUAUUCUUGCAUAUUUGUGUAUUUGAAAUUAGUUAUGGGAUUUGGUGUUGUGCAAGUGGCAAUAUUUAUUGCAAUUGUUGGUGUUCUCAGUAUUGCUGUGCAAGUGGUACUUGGAUACCUAAUGAAAUCACUUGGUGCAAAGCAUACAAUAAUGGUUGGACUCUUAUUUGAGAUGCUACAACUUAUGUGGUACGGGUUUGGGAGCCGUACAUGGAUGAUGUGGGCUGCAGGAGUGUUAGCAGCACUUGGAUCUCUUACAUAUCCAGCAAUAAGUGCCUAUGUUUCUGUAAACAGUAGAGCUGAUAGACAAGGAGUUGUACAAGGAAUGGUCACAGGAGUGAGAGGCCUCUGCAAUGGUUUGGGACCCGCCAUGUUUGGAGUGAUAUUCUACUUGUUUCAUGUAGAUCUUAAUGAAGAGCAUGCCCUUGCAGGAAUGGAUGGCCGACCUGAUGAUGACAAGUACAUUAGAAUUGUUCCAGGGCCACCGUUUGUAUUAGGUGCAUUGCUGGUAAUUUGUGCCCUUCUAGUUGCAGCGUUUUUACCGGAAGAUAAUGUAAUUGCUGCACGACGCACUUCACCCGAUUUGCGAUUUGAAAUUGAACAUGGACGGCGCGUAGCAGGCCCUUUGUCACCUUUAAUGGCUCCAGAGUCAGCGGCCCUCUAG